CUGUCCGGCCACCUUCCUGCCUCUCCUUUGUGAUCACCUGGGGAGCCCCGCCUCUGCCCACUCAGGCUGUGUCUCCUCUCAGAGCUGCCGACCUUUCUGCCUCCGGACCGGGCCUGGGGGCCCCUCUGCCCGCGUGGCCCCGGCCUUCCUCACCUCUUCUCUGCGUUUUGCUGUCGACCUCUUUCCAGGCGCCCGGCUCUCAGCUGCUGACCCUCUGUGCAGCCUUCGGGAUUGAGAAAAAGUGCAAAGAGCCUGCAGAUCACGAGCAAGUGAAGCAGAGCAAAAGGCCCCGACUGUCUGAACACAGCACUCAGAGACUCCGCACCAGAGCCUGAGCCUCACGGCUCACCGCAUGCACAGCACCCCAGCAGCCAGAGGAAGGAUCUCAUCCUCAAUUGCGUCUCAGUCUGCUGCCAUAGUAACCGCGCAAGGGAUGGAGCCCACCUCAGCAGACAUCAGCCCCGCUGUGCGGCAGCUGGAACAGCCUGCUCCCCUGCACUCAUUUCUACCGAGACGGAUGGCAGAGAAGUUCUUGAAAGGGGAACCCAAAAUCCUGGGGAUUGUGCAGAUUCUGAUUGCUGUGAUGAACUUCGGCUUGGGAACUGUAAUAUUGAGCAUCAUGGUGCCAGUUUAUGAUCCACACCCAAUGUUAUUCAACUUGGGUUACCCGAUCUGGGGGUCAGUGAUGUUCUUUAUUUCAGGAUCCUUGUCAAUUGCAGCAGGAGCUACAACUACAAAGGGCAUGAUCCAGAGCAGCAUAGGAUUAAAUAUCACCAGUUCUGUGCUGUCAGCCUUAGGUGUCAUCAUCACAGCAAUCAGCCUGAAUAUUUUGUCACUUGAACACACUAUGUGUCACCGGAUUUUCAUGCCUGAAAUGUGUUCCCUGACCUUUGUAGUCAUGAUGGGUCUGGAAGGUAUUGUGCUCAUCUUGAGUCUGCUGGAACUCUGCAUUGCCUUGUCCCUUGCUGCCUUUGGAUGCAAAGUUACCUGUUGUAACCUUCCUGGGGUUGUGCUAAUCCUACAAUCAAAUCCACAUGUGGCACAAACUGCGUCUCCUGCACCUGUUCAAGAAGGAUUGAUUCCGCUAACAGAUCAAAGGGAAAAUGUUCCAUAGAAGAAUCUUCCUGAUUUUAGUGCAAGAACCUCACCGGGGAAACUACCCGAAUCCAAUUCCAGUGUGAGAGUGUGUGUGUGUGUGUGUGUGUGUGUGUGUGUGUGUGUGUGUAAAAGCUCAAACCAAAUUUCAGCUUUUCCUCCACAGCCAGCUCAUGCCACUGAUUCUUUACCAGAAUAUUAGACACUGAGCAGGUGAAUUGUACCUUUAAUGGCUGGUGGUUCUCAAAUGAUUUGUCCUCCUUAAGACCAUAAAGGUGAAGCUUUGCCAACAGUUAGGCAGAGAAAUUACUGAAAUGAGAACGAGGCCCUUGCACACAUUACCUGUUUUUAUUUCCCUGUCCUCCCCCAUCAGUUUGCCUGUUUAACUUUUUUCUUAACUCAUCUUUGAAGACUCAACUAACUUUACUCCUUCAAGAUGUUGACAGUUAUGGCUCCCAGCACUCAGGAGGCUGAGACAGGAGGAUUGCAGUGAGUUCAAGGUCAGCC